AUGAUAAAUGAACGGAAUGGAGGUGGAUCGGGGACGAUCGUCAACUGCAACAAGGGGGCGCUGAAGCAGGCGACGCCCGUCUCAAAUGACGCGCGCGACAACGACGACUCGAACGAGCGCUCGCCCGUUGACGCACCGGCGCGGCCGCCAGAACCAGUAGUACGCGGCGAGACGGAGCAGACACCAACGCCAGAUUCUGACUUCAAGGUGAACAGCGCCCGUUCAAAGGAGCCGAUGACAGAAGUGAGGACGGCUGAAAGCAUAAAAUCCACGCAGGACCCGUGCACCCAGGAGAUUGACGUGCCCGUCGGCGUUCUAACCGUACAAACAAAACGCGACAGCAUCCUCACAAAACUGCCCAAGGCCCAGGCCAAAAAGGGCGAAGGACCGGUGGUCUCGUUUCGGGCAAAAGUCGACAGCUCGGAUAACUCGGGGCGCAACAUGGUCGCGUCA